AUGCAUAUUUGGGAAAGAAGCUACUUCCGUCCUUUGAAUAUCACUAUUGACUGUAGUAUUCCCAAAGUUAAUGCAAUUACAUCUGUAUUUUCUUAUGUUGCAAUUCACUAUUGUGAAUUUCAUAUUCUUUGUGCUUGGCAAACAAACCUCAACAACAAAACUAUCUACUUUGUUCAUGCUAGAAUCAGAAGAUUGAAUCGUCUCUUGUUUGUUCUUACAAACAAUAUAAAGUAUUUCUACAAACAAGAAGUAGAUUGUAUUCACUUAAACAAUGGAAAGAUGGGGCCAGUAGAAAACGAACUUGCAAAAAAUGAAUUUGCUGCAUCUAAGAUAGAAGAUGACAUACUCCCUUCUAAAAUGAUCAGUCUAUUAAAGGUCUUUGCCAGCGUACUUUAUGUAUUACAUGAAAAUGCUAGGGUUGGUUUAAUGGACAGAUACAGAUUUUUUCACUAUUAA